AUGGAAAAUAAAAUGAAUGGUGAUGAGCAACAAACUGAUAUUGAAGAUGAAGAGACUAUAAUUAUUAUUUGUUUUGAUCCAAAUAAUGAAUUCAAUGAUUAUAUAGAAGAUUUAAAACAACAAAUCAAUGAUUCAGUUAUAUUUUAUAGUGAACUCGAAUUAUGUAUUAAUUUUAUUAAAUCAAUUGAAGAUAAAACAAUAUUUCUGAUUAUUUCUCCUUCAUCUAUUUCUCAAAUUAAUAAUUUUAAUCAAAUUAAAAGCAUUUUUUUAUUUGAUGUAUCACACAAUUCAAAUGAAUGUUUAUCAUUUGAGGAUUCAAAAAUAAUUGGUAUUUUUGAUAAAUUUGAUUUAUUACUUACAGCAAUUACAAAGCAAAUUAAUUUAAUUGAGACGAAAAUGUGUCAAUGCUGUUUUUUUGAUGAAAUUCAAUAUGAAAAUAAAGAUUUAUCAAAACAAUCGAAUAGUUUCCUGUGGCAUCAACUUUUUACGGAUGUUCUCUUACAUUUAUUAUCUGAUCAACAGUUUGAAAAUGUAGAUCAAAGUAUCUUGGAACAAUUCCCAUGGAUCAAUGAUUAUGACUCAAAUGAUGCUGUACGAUUGUUUAUGAAAUAUCCAUCACUUCGAGAAUUAAUUAACAAAGCUCUGAAAAAUGAAAAUAUUAAACAACUUUAUAUGUUACGAUAUUUUCUCAGUGAUUUAAUACAAAAUCUUCAAUUUGGCAAAGAAAAUCGAAUUGUUUAUCGAAGAAUGUUUAUAUCUCGUAGUGAAUUUAAUCAAAUACAAGAACAUAAUGAUAAUAUUCAACAGAAUGAUCAAUUAUGGAUUAUUAAAUUAAUUUCAGUUAAUGAUGGACAAAUAAUUAAACAAAAAUAUAUUGAUGAUACACGUCGUCAAUUUCAAGAUUUAAGUACUUCAAUUAUUUUUGGUAAAUUAAUUUGUGAUAUGAGUCAAUGGAAUCAAUCACAGGCAUAUUUUGAAUAUUUAUUAAAUAAUCAUUCACAUACGGAAGAUUUAGCAUGGAUUGAACAUGGUCUUGGUCAAACUUAUCAUUGGAAAGGAGAAUGGAAUGAAUCAAGAAUAUAUUAUGAUCGUUCGUAUGAACGAAUGAUGAAAAACGAACCAGUUCGUAUUAAGGAUUCUGCUGUUAUACUCUCUGAUAUUGGUAAAAUAUUAUAUUUACAAAGACAAAUAGAAGAAUCCUUUAAUUUUCAUCAAAAAGCAUUAGCAAUUCACAUGAAAUAUUAUUCUCCUUAUCAUCCACAUAUUGCUAUUAGUUUAUACAAUAUUGGUUUGAUCUUUCGAAUAAGACAAAAAGAGGAUGAAGCAUUAGUCUUUUUUCAACAAGCAUUAUUAAUUCAAGAGAAAUAUUAUGAUGCAUUUCAUGUAGAUAUUGGUACAAGUUUAACUCAGAUAGCGUUAUGUUUAACGAAGGAAAAAAGAUAUGUCGAAGCUCUUAAUUGUCAUCAACGAGCUUUAGCAAUAUAUGAAAAAUAUUACCCGUUAGGCCAUGUAUCGGUUGCACUUAUCCUUAAUUAUAUGGGUUAUAUGUUUUAUCGGCAAGACAAGUACAACGAAAGUUUUACUCCUAUUCAACAGGCAAUGAUAAUGCAGAAAAGAUUUUAUCCAAAUGGUCAUAUUGAUAUAGCGAUGAGCUUGCUCGAUAUGGGAAACAUAGAAAAACUUAAUUUAUCGAAUCACAUAUUGGCUGUUGCUCUUUUGGAGAAUAUUGGCGAGACACAAAUAGAUGAAAAGAAUGAUUGUGAUAAAGCUCUAGAUUAUUAUCAACAAGCUCUUAACAUACUCGAAAAAUAUUAUCCGUCAUAUCUAGCCCGUAUCGCUGACAUCCUUAAUGAUAUGGCUUAUGCUUUUUUUAAACAACGGAAACUUGAUAAAGCACUCGACUUCUAUCAUCGAUCAAUAAACCUACUCAAAGAAUAUUAUUCAUCUAAUAAUGUUGAAACAAUUUCCUUUUUAAUAAACUAUGAUAAUAUAUUAGAAAAUGAUGAAUUCAUUAAACAUCACGAACAAGUACUAAUAUCUCGAAAGGAAAACGGUACUACACGAGGUAAUACUUGCAUAGGAAGCAGUUUCAAUAGAAUUAGUCAUAUAUGUCUCAGACAAAAUCAAUUUACUGAAGCUUUUGAUUUCGCUCAACAAUCAAUAACGUUUACAGAAAAAUCUAAUCCAACUGAUUAUAUAAUGAUUGCUAAUAAUCUUAGCAAUAUUAGUGAAGCUUUAAUGUGUCAAAAUAAAUUUGAUGAAGUAUUUGAUUUCGAACAGAAAGCAUUAAAUAUUCUAAAAAUUCAUUGUCCUACCAAAAUUAUCAAAAUUAUUGAGAGUUUAAAUCAAAUGGGUAAUCUUCAACGAAAACAAGAGAAAAAUUCUCCACAUAUCAAAGCAGAUAUUCCAUUUACGCUUAUGAUGUCUUGCAAAUAUGCUAAAGAAUUUUAUUCGACUGGUUAUAGUCAAAUAAUUCAUAGUCUCAAUUGGAUUGCAUUUAUUUAUUAUAAGAAACAAUCUUAUGAUCGUGCAAUUGAAUUUUAUGAACAGUGCUUAAGAAUUGAUGAAGCGAAUUCUAUUCCAGAACAGUUAACUAUUGAUAGAUUUCUUAAAGAAUUAAGUGAUAUAAAACGAAUUCAGCUUCAGUAUGAAAGUUUCCUAGCAUACGAACGAAACUGUUUGUUAAUGCGUGAAAAAUUUCUACCACCCAAUCAUCAAGAUAUUGGUAAAAGUUUAAAAAAUAUAGGUUUAUGUUAUGAACAUCUUAAUCAACGUAAAUUGGCAAUUGAUUAUUAUAAACGAGCAUUAGUCGUUUAUAAACAAUGUCCAUUAGCUACGCAUCGUCGAUCGCCUAUAGGAUUAAAAAUUGAGAAACUUUCUACAGAAAUGAAUCAGUUCAAAACAACGAUAAUAAAACAGUACAGACAUCAAACACGAAUUUGA